AUUACUGUUUUGUUUUUGUGCAGGUUGCUUCACUGUUGAAACCCUAAUCUAGUUCCCCCAGUCCUCUAGACCACGUGCUCCAUGAUUUGAGACCAGGAGGAGCUUGGAACUCUGAAAUGAAGAUGGAGGCAGUAGGAAAAGCAGAAGAACUCAUUGACACUGAAGUCCCACUGAAAAUCUCUGCAAAACAAGAGGCAGCUCCUGACGAAGAUGGACCUAUAGAAUUAGAGACACAUGCUCAGAAAGAUGGUGCACCCAUUGUAGCAGAUUCGACAGUGCUGUCUUCAAUGCCUUGCUUGCUGAUGGAACUGAGACGAGAUUCCUCAGAGUCUCAGCUAGCAUCCACAGAGAGUGAUAAACCAGCAGCAGGCAGAGUUUAUGAAAGUGACUCUUCUAAUCAUUGCAUGCUUUCCCCUUCUUCUAGUGGGCAUUUGGCUGAUUCAGAUACACUAUCUUCUACAGAAGAGAAUGAGCCCUGUCCAGCAGAAGCUACCGUAGAGGGAGACCCUUCUGGAGUGUCUGGGGCUGCAGUUGGGCGGAAAUCCAGACGAUCCAGGUCUGAAAGUGAAACGUCAACAAUGGCUGCCAAGAAAAACCGACAGUCUAGUGAUAAACAGAAUGGUCGAGUUGCCAAGGUGAAAGGUCAUCGGAGCCAAAAGCACAAAGAGAGAAUCCGGCUAUUAAGACAGAAACGGGAAGCAGCUGCUCGCAAGAAGUACAACCUGCUGCAGGACAGCAGUACCAGUGAUAGCGACCUGACCUGUGACUCAAGCACGAGUUCAUCAGAUGAUGAUGAAGAGGUUUCAGGGAGCAGCAAGACAAUCACUGCAGAGAUACCAGAUGGACCUCCAGUUGUAGCUCAUUAUGAUAUAUCUGACACAAACUCUGAUCCAGAAGUGGUAAACGUGGACACGCUUUUGGCAGCUGCAGUAGUUCAAGAGCACAAUAAUUCUGUAGGAAACCAGGACACGGGACCUACCUGGAGGACCCGAGGGAUGCUGGAGGAACUGAAUGCUGAUGCAGGCCACUUGGAUCCAGGAUUCCUAGCAAGCGAAAAGACCUCUUGUGGCAAUGCCCAGAUCAAUGAAGAAAUUAACAUUGCCUCUUCUGAUAGUGAAGUGGAGAUUGUGGGAGUUCAGGAGCAUGCAAGGUGUGUACACCCUCGGGGAGGGGUGAUUCAGAGCGUGUCUUCCUGGAAGCAUGGCUCAGGCUCGCAGUACAUUAGCACUCGGCAAACACAAUCAUGGACAGCUGUGACCCCCCAGCAGAAUUGGUCUUCACCCCCAGAAGUAGUUGAUCUCACAUUGGAUGAGGACACCAGGCGCAAAUAUCUACUGUAAUGCAAUGUCACUGUGUUUUUGCCCCUGCCCUUCCCCUUUGUGGCCCAGAAGUUCAUUGUUAUAGCUUCAGCUUCAGAAGCCUUGUUCCUGGCGUUAGGAAUCCAAACUCAUGGAGAAGUUGGUUUUCCAUAAGAAUGCAGUGUAAUUUUAAUAUCACUUACCUUCUCAAAGGAAGAUUUUUCCCAGUAUGAAAACUUGGUAGCACUGAAUUUAAAUGACAACUACAGAUAUGCAUAAUGUGUGCGUGUGAAUCUGAAGAAAUAAUUGUGUAUACAGUUGCGGCCUCCCACCCUCUCCCAUCUCUGACAUCAAAAUUAUUUAAAUUUAUCAAUACAUUGAUUUUGUUUGUAGAAGUUAGUGGUUUUGCUGUGUGAGCAUCAGUAAGUUUAAGCAGUGCUGGGGCCCUGUUAACUUCACUGGAACUGCAGGUGCUCAGCAUUUCUGAAAAUAGGGCCAAGAGUAUUUUAUAUCCAGGCUGAUUUGGUCGUUUGAUACAAAAGGCCCAUGACGUGCACUGAGACAGCUUUUUAAUUAAAUGGGGUUUUCAUUUUCUACAUAAUUUAUAGUUUACAUGCUAGUCAGUGCUUCUAGUCUUCUGUCUACCUGACUGCUGUGCUUUACUGGUCAUUUCAUGCCUCUUGUGUAUUUUUUUAAUAGUGACUUCAGAGCAGCUGAUCAUCGCAAAGUGUAAGAAAGUAGAGCAUCAUAAAAAGGCUGAGCCCUCCAUGCCCAUUUUUAAAAAAGCCGUAUACCUGGCAUUUUAAGAUCUUGUUUUUUAACUGUCUCUCCCAGUCCUCCUCUUUCUGGAACGUUUUCUCGUGCUUCCCUCUCUUGUUUCCUUUCCCUUUCUUCAAAUCCUGUAAGGCCCCAUUCCAGUCAAGUACUUUACCAGAUGUGUAACUUGAAGCCCUGAAGUAACCCGCCUUGGAGUCAGUGGGCUGCUCAAAUGUGUGAAACUAUGGCUGAUACUAAAGUAUUUUGUAGGACCGAGGCCAAAAGUUGUCAUCCUUUGUUGUAGGCAGAAGUUGUCAGCCUUUGUUCUAGGCAGUUCUGCCCUGUUCUCGUAACCUCCAGGCCAAGCCUCGAUAGUUUUGGAAUCUCCCUUCAGGGUCUCAUCCUGGAAACACUUGCUAUUAGAUUGUGGAGCUUACUACAGCAAAAAAAAUAAAAAUAAA